GCACCGACUGGAAAUCGUUUCGAACGAUAAUCCAACUCGGAAUUUGGAAGGUCGGAAACUCGAGCAUCUUUCUAGAGCGCCGACCUGAACACCACUGACGUCAUGAUUUGACCUCGUUUUUCCCGUGUUCCCAGUUGUCUUGAAAGCACUAAAAGGAAGUCCUCAUAUGUCGUCAUUUCGCAGUGCAUAGAAAAAAUACCUGGGUGAAAAAAUCGGAAGAAAACAAGCCCAAACGACCAGCCAACUCAGCCCAAGCCAUCUUUUUUUAUUUGGUGCUUCAUUAUUUUUCGGUCGCCGGUGAAAGUAGGCGGAGAUGAGGGGACUCCUGCCGUUUUACCGUGCUCUGAAUGCCCUGUGUAACCGACAAGUCAGGCGAAGAGCUGGAUUUGCCGGUUCUGAGUGCGGGUUUAGCGGAACCGUGUCUGUUAGCAAGCCACAGCCAUGCUUUGGCCUGCUGUUUGACAUCGAUGGCGUGCUUGUCCGGGGAAAGAUACCCAUCCCUGCUGCAAAAAAGGCAUUCCAAAAACUGGUCAACUCUCAGGGACAAUUUGUGGUACCAGUUGUUUUUGUCACCAACGCAGGGAAUUGUAUGCGGCAGAUAAAAGCGGACCAGCUCUCGCACAUCCUGGGAGUGCCUAUCACCAUGGACCAGGUGAUGAUGUCACACAGUCCACUGAGGAUGUUCAAGAAAUACCAUGACAAGUGUGUUCUGGUGUCAGGACAAGGGCCCGUCCUGGAUAUUGCCAAAAACUUGGGCUUCCAGAAUGUGGUCAGUAUCGACAUGUUGAGAGAAUCCUUUCCUCUGCUGGACAUGGUGGACCACAACAGACGGCCCAAACUGCCGUCCAGUCCUAUUGCCAACCUUCCCACAGUAGAAGCUGUUAUUCUGUUUGGGGAGCCCAUCCGAUGGGAGACCAACCUCCAGCUGAUAAUUGAUAUCCUGCUGACCAAUGGGAACCUGAGCAGAGCCCACCAGACCCAAAAGCUUCCCCACCUCCCCCUGCUGGCCUGCAACAUGGAUCUCAUGUGGAUGGCUGAGGCCCAGUCUCCACGGUUUGGUCAUGGGACAUUCCUGGUGUGCUUGGAGAACAUCUACAAGAAGAUAACGGGUAAAGAGGUGAAGUACAAAGCUCUGAUGGGGAAGCCCAGUGAACUGACCUACCACUUUGCUGAGUACCUCAUCAGAGGCCAGGCUGUGGAGAGAAACUGGACACAGCCCAUCACCUCCCUCUAUGCUAUUGGGGAUAACCUGAUGACUGACAUCUAUGGGGCCAACCUCUACAGUUGUUUCCUAGAGGAGAGGAACAGGAGGAAGAACUCCAAAGCUGUCGCCAAGAUGGCCACUGGCACAGGCUCUAGUGCAGCCCUUCCCCAGGACAACGACCACGUAGAGAACGCCUGGGAGAGCGAGCUGUCACCCCCCUCCGCCACCUCCUGCAAGUCCAUCCUGGUGUGCACUGGGGUGUACAACCCACACACGGAGGUGCCCACUUAUGCCAACAAGUGCAUCAAGGAGACUGUGUUUCACGGGCACCGUGACUUCCGCUUUGACCCGGCGUUGGUAGAGCCCGGACACAUCGUGCAGGACGUGGCUGACGCCGUGGAGCUCAUCUUUGAGCAGGAGAAGUUUGUGCCUCAGUAAUGUUUUCAGAUUGGUGUCAUCAUGGAGAGUAGGGUAGCCUAGUGGGGCAGCAGGGUAGCCUAGUGGUUAGAGCGUAGGACUAGUAACCGAAAGGUUGCGAGUUCAAAUCCCCGAGCUGACAAGGUACAAAUCUGUCGUUCUGCCCCUGAACAGGCAGUUAACCCACUGUUCCUAGUCCGUCAAUAAGAAUUUGUUCUUAACUGACUCGCCUAGUUAAAUAAAGAUAAAAUAAAUAAAAAAUGGAGACCUCCUUAGUAGAGGUCUCAGGUUGGCCUGUGCCGGCCAUAGAAUUAGAAUUGAUUAUAUUCAAAUUCUAUGGUUCUGGGUUUAAAAGGAGGGGGUUCCUAAAAAUUGAUACAGAGCAGACCCAACCAACUGAUCAAUAUCCAGUGUUGUGCAGAUUUGUUUUGUCCUUAACUGGGAAACACCACUUACUGAGUUACGUUGGACAGUGUUUACAACUUGGCAGGGCAUGGAAGGAACUUAAUAAGUCAUAUUCAAACUCAUAACGGUGUAAAGUACUGUAGUGAGAUUUAACUCUUAUUCAUUCUGUUGUAUUGUUCUAUAGUGGGCUUAAAACAAUUUAAGUUCUGCACAACUGGCAAUUGUGCACAACUGGCAAUUGAUUUUAAUGAAAGCCUUAUUAAUAGUAUUAUGAAUAAUUAUUUUCUUAGUUGUGAUUAUGUACAAAGAUUAUGACAAUCUUUAAAAUUGUUAAUUUGAUUUAAGUGGUCUUAUGUAUCUUAAUGACUACAAUAAGUUCUAAAUAUUUUUAUGAAUUCUAUGUAAUUCAUGUUUUCAUUUCCUUCUCAAACUGACCAUAUUACUGUCUACCAUACGUUUUGUCUGUUACAUCUAUGCAUGCAUUUCAUAAGAUAGAUUUAAUGCAUUAUACUGUACUUGGCCCGGUUUCCCAAAAGCAUAUAAGGCAAUUUCAUAAUUAAAACCAUAGAUGGUUCUAAUAUUAAUUUAGCCUUAAGAUGCUUUUGGGAAACCGGGCCCUGUACUGUAAGAAUACCUAUUUGAUAUUUAGGGUGCAAUGCCGUCCUUCAACUGUGCUGUCUACAUUAUUUCUAGCAAUGUAAACCAUGUAACCUGUAUUUGCACAGAACAAAACGAUUCAUUCUUAUUUAAUGUUACCAUAUCUUGCCGAGCUAGUAAACCUGCCCUUUGUUGUAAAUGUACCAUUUGUCGUAUGCGUUAGAACUUUGACCAGAGAUGCAAAGACUGUAUCUAGCCACUUAUAUUUAUAUAAAAUAUAGGAAUAUAAGAGAAGCUAUUUUUCAUAGGUGUAUUAACCAUGCAUUUCAGUUGAUGCGUUACAUAUUUUAUAAGAUGUUGUCAAUAUUGCUUGUAUGAAUGAAAAUAGCGUAGCCUUAAAAAAAGAAAAUAAAAAAAGCUGGCUACCUGUUCUUCAGUGCUGAUGAUACAGCAUGGCUUUGUUUACAUGAAAACAAACGACUCCAUAGAAAAUAAAACAUGCUUACCUUCUUGCCAUA